AUGUACAAUGGAUACGAGCUGUGGCUUACGGCUGUUCUAAUUGAAAAGCUAGUGAUAAACAUACGAAACAAUACAAUAAAAAACUUUAUGUACGAUGUGCUGGUGUCCAACAAAAGCCUUUUAGAGACAGCCAUAGAUUUUAUAGACAACUCCAGCGCGGAUGGGCCGCUGGUGCUGCCCAAAGCGAGCCUGCUGAGCAUUCUCUACAGAACCCAGAUUUUUAUAAUGGCGGUGAUUAUCGGGUCUUUCAGAAUAGUAACAAACUUAAUUGUGCUGAAGAUUCCAAUAGCGCUGUUUCUGAUCAUAUUUGACCACUUUGACAACAGACACUACAAGGUGGCCAGCUCUCGCGGGGUCUUUGAUGCUGUCUUCUUCACGUUUCUGUUUCUGGUGCUCAUAUACUGCGCAAAGUGCACUAUCCGAGAGGCUGUUGUGUUUCGAGAAACGCACUUUCAGAAGAGAGCGGCAGUGGAGUGUUGA